ACACCACCACGAGCCAGAAAGUCCCCACAGUCUAUCUGCCAGUCGUAAAGAUACGACGAACGUUCGCUAGCUUGACCUUGACCCUGAAUUGACGCACUCAGACAUUGCGCUCUCCUGUCACUCGCAAUAUCUUCAUUCCGCACACCGUACAUUCACCUCCACCUCCACCUCCACCAGAGGAGAUUUCUCGUCUACCCUCUCACCGAGUGAGUGCUUGCAUGACAAGCUUUUCGAUGUCACCCUAGGGGUCAACACCUCUUCGACACACGGCAGAUCUGCCAGUUGCUUUAUACCACAAUCUGCUCCAUGCCAUGGACUCCAACUCGGCUCCUCUAGCGGACUACUUUUGGAUCGCGGGGAUAGAUUCAGUCUCCUACAGUGAUCCGGUCUUUGGGCCCUCAAAUCCCAGAGACACAGGCAUCAAUGGCGCUGGCCCACCCUCGCCGUCGGUCGAAACAACGAUAGAAGAAGGUAGCGAAGGCGAAGCACCUACUCAACCACCCCCAAGCGGGACGCCACGAGCCACAGCUCGGCACUCCCGCAACAACUCGUGGAACAGAUUGAGCAAGACUCCAAACGAUACGCGGAACUCGAUCCAGACCCUCGACGACCUCGAGCCCACACGGAGUAAUAGGAGCAGUAUCACGAUAAAGGGCCCCACUACAAAUGGAGGGGCAGGAGCUUUGGGAGACUUCAAUUUUGAUGAAGCUCUGGUGAAAUUUGCCAAUGAGAGGGAGAAUUUCCUGGACGAUCUGAGCUUCAGUGCUGGGGCACCGGUGCAGAAGCCACCGCCCAUGACCAAUCACAGAACAGAGAGGAUACGUAUAGAAGAGGGGGAUAGCAAUGCUGGAGGGCUUGCGAAGAGGAGCCCUCUGCGAAGUGUUGGAGGAAGCAUAAGGCGGCGGAUCAGUUUCAGAGACAUGAGCAGUGUGAAGAGACAGGUCUCUAGCGUUCAAAGAACCACUUCCGUGCGAACUUCGAAACGAAUGAGCAAUUACAAUUCCGUCAUUCCACCACCGGAACCCUUAAAUGCUGAUCCGGAGAUGCAUCCAUUGAAGCGACGCUUUGAACCUGUUCUUCUAGACAGAUACCCAGCUAAAGGUGCAACGGACGAGGUCAAGAGAAGAGGAAGAUUCCCUGAUUACGUACCAAUGUUCGCUUUUCCAAACGACGUAAAUAUAGUCUCUGCGGAUGCGAGGCCUCGAUCGACCUGGCACGGCUUUGCAAUGACUUCGGAUGAUAACUCGAAAAUAUAUGGAAUUACUGUGAUAGUCUGGCUGCCAUUGAACCAAGAUGCGGCUGCCAAUGUGGAACGACGAUGCGAGCAGUGGAGGCAGAGUCAUAUGUCGAACGAAGAGCGAGAAUUGGCUGCUAGUCUGGGCGAAAGACUUGCUAUAGAGCGUGCCAAUCUCUCACGGCUGCUCUCGGACCUUCCCAAGGCUGUUUCUGGAUCACCUGCUAGAGAGGCCCUGGAGGAGCAAAUCAACGCUUUGGAAGAGAAGAUUGGUCUGAUGGCGGAUAUGCUACGUCCUGUUCGUCACGGAGCAGCUGCUAAAAUCGAUGGACUUACUGAUGGCGAGACCGGCCUCUGGAUACCACGAGCGUAUGGAAUACUUGGCCGAGAUCCCAGUAUGGCCAGCUUCUGGAAGGAGUGGUUGAGAUCCAUUGUUGUUCCCAUGCUAGAUUCCUCAAUUUUCAGGAUUCCCCCAUCGUCUCCAAAGCUUAAGUGGCAACCAUUAGAACGAUAUGUGGUCAAUCUAUGCUCCGAAGCAUUCAGCCCGAUAUCUUCAAAAACCCAAGUUGAACUUGCUGUCAGAGAGCUCAGGCUCUUUGCGCGCAAAGAAGCUGCAAAUGAGAUCCCAGGGUCCCGAAGUACCGACUUGUAUGCAUUAUUCCGGUCUCUCAGCAUCCAGAAUAUAGUGGCUCUCUUUGAGUUCGCACUGUCUGAAUCACGGAUCAUUCUGCUCUCCUCACAUACUGCGAUGUUGCACCUCGCAAGCAAAGCAUUAGCUAGCUUGCUAUAUCCCCUGAAAUGGGCAAGCAUUUUCAUUCCUGUCUUGCCUGCCCGGUUACUUUCUGCACUUGAAGCACCGUGCCCAUAUAUUGUUGGUGUCGAAAGGAGAUACGAGAACCUGGAGUUGCCAGACGAUGACUAUGUUUUGGUGGACCUGGAUCAGGAUAUUGUAGAGGCUGCAGCAGCAGCGCUCCCUGUGCAAUUGCCUCGACAGCAACGGCGGAAACUUGUUUCCCUACUUCAGCUUGCGGCUCCACAUCACAACAGAUUUGGUGUACACACUGGUCCUCCACCUUACGCUGUAGAAGCUUUCCCUUACCAAGCGUUUUCCUCCGAAAAUGAGGCCAUCUAUACGCAGAACGGUCCGAAGAGCUUACUCGCCAAAUAUGUAAGCCAGAAUUCAGCGACCUUCGGGGAGACGGAUUUGGCCUCUGUCAAAACAAUUCCAGUUUUCAACGCAUUCCUGCAAUCGAAAGCCGACCACGCGAGAACUGACAGACCCUCUACAGCCCGAUCCAACAAGACUAGCCCUCCAAAUUCUGUAUCUCCAAUAUCGGGUAAUUUCCCCCCUCUACCUACCACACCUAUCUCCCGUAAUGAUUCUGGGUUUGCCCUCACAGCAACAUUAAAGGAAAAGAGAUCGGGCCACUUCGACACGUAUUCCAGACGCAGUGCUUCCUUCGGCGUAGAUCGACAGACUACGCUUCGACGACCAAGCAUCCCAUUCAGCAAUGGCCAUUCUGCGAGUCUCUCCACGUCAGCACUCUCGAUAGAUUCAAAGUCUAUAUACGGUGGAUAUGCUCCAUCAACCUAUGCCGCAUCCACACUUGCUGCUUCCACUAUCAUGCCUAACAUGCUCAUGGAACCUGUCCGCAACACAGACAAUAUGGUUUGGGUAGAAGGGCAUUGCUUCAUACUACACCGUGAAGACACGACUUCUAUCUGCUCAAUAUGUGACGACAAACCUAACGAUGACACCAUUUACAAAUGCACCAGCUGUCCCACAAUAGCACACAGUAGAUGUCUGCCAACGUGCGCACUUGUGUGUCCUGCGGCAUUUCAUGCUGAUAAAGUCCGUGCUGCAUUUGUGCGUUGCUUCGCUAGCCUGUUCUACACAUAUCGAAAGUAUCUGGUGCGGCCUACGAAGGAGCAGAAGAACAGUGGGCAGAUUUAUGGAUUUGACAUGAAUGGAUUCUUGAAGAGUUUGCCACAUGAACAGCAAGAGCACGCGGCUAUGCUCAAGCAGACUCAAGCCUUUAAUGAAUUCAUCCAUGAGCGUGAGACGACACCUGCAGAUUCUCCGGCCAUCCAGCUUUUUGACAGUAUCAUUCUUGCCAAGAAGUCACGCGGGCGAGCCUCUUUCUUCGCUUCCAAAGGCUCGAAAGCAGCGUCCUUCUUGGAGGAUACGUCAGAUCAUCUAUGGAGGAAUGCAGCAGUUCCUGCGCCUCACAGCGCCAAAAUUGCACCUGGCGAAUAUCGGAAUGUCGUGUCGAGAAUACCCGCACAGCUCGACAUUGGUCUGAUGAGGGAACCACGGACGAUACAAGGCGUUCCUAGAAUGGAUUUGCCUGGGAAAAGAGUAGGGAGGAAAGCCGUACCGAGUCUACUCAGCGGUAACGCUAACAGAAGGGUCUCGUAAAGCGAGAACACAAAUACAAGAAUAUUUUUAAAACAAGGAUAAGAACAAGAUGGAGAGAGACCAUGAAGUCCACGAAGCAAUGUUGUAAGAUAUCAUAUCAGCGUCUCAUAAUCAAAAGCAUUCAAGGCAAGGUGUCGGAUGGAGUACAUAGGUGUUUUUUGGGACGGCAAACACACUGCAUA